UAUGAUACCCUGCCUCCCCCGACUCUCCGCUCUCGUGUUGAGCAGAAGAAGAAGAAGAAGAAAGAAAGAAAAAACAGAGAGAGAAUGGGCCGCGUGAGAACCAAGACAGUGAAGAAAUCUUCACGCCAAGUGAUUGAGAGGUACUACUCUCGCAUGACUCUUGACUUCCACACCAACAAGAAGGUUCUAGAAGAAGUUGCCCUCAUCCCUUCCAAGAGGCUCCGCAACAAGAUCGCAGGCUUCUCCACUCACCUCAUGAAGCGGAUCCAGAAGGGACCCGUCAGAGGCAUCUCCCUCAAGCUUCAAGAGGAGGAGAGGGAGCGUCGCAUGGACUUCGUUCCUGAUGUGUCCGCCAUUGACACUCAACACAUCGAGGUCGACAAGGAAACCAUUGACAUGCUUCAGUCUCUAGGUAUGUCUGACAUCCCUGGAAUCACUCAGGUCGAUCCCGUUCCUGUUCAGCAGAUCCCGUUUGGUCGCCCUGGCGCUGGAUUCGGUGGUGCUCAGAGGAGGUACUGAGAAAACAGACAGUUUUUCUCUGUUUUGGAAUUGUAUUAUCGAUAUUAGGGUUUUUAAUUUGGGGGAAAAGUAAUGUUAUCUUAUGUUUGAACUUAAUACUGGUUUAGUGGAACUGAAGAAUUUCUGCGAAUUAGGUUUUUGAGGAUAAAUUUGUGUGGCUUGAUUUUAGUUAAGAUUUGUUAUGAACUUAUAAUUAGAGGCAAUAUAUUGGUGAAAUUGUGAUGAAACUGAAAUAUAUGCCGAUUAGGUUUUGUUACUUAAAUUUGUGCAUGCUUCACGAAUUUUGUGGGGUGUGUUAUGCUUGAAACUUAUCAUUGGUGGAUGUUGUGAUGCCAAACUUAAAGUAUAAUAAUUUUGUUCAAA